AGAUCUUUUUCCUAUUCUCCAGUGAGGCCAAUCGAACCAAGGCAAGUUGCAUCUAAGUUUGAAUCCACUUUGGUCGAUUAUCAUCCUAUCAUAUCUUUCUUGUUCAACGCAUUCACUCUCUCGUACUUCUCACCUCUCACCCAACUUUAUACUCUCAUCUCCACUCCGGAAUCUAGCACUCCCUCGACCCAAUCUUGUAUGCCCUGGCCCGGUUCCUGUUGACCCAUCUAGGUUUCUUCCUUCCCUUCCUUCCGUCAUAGUGCUACUACCCGUAUGCUGUCUUGACCAUAUAUUAAGUGCCUUUUCCCAUCGGGACCUCCGAAUCUCCUUUCUAUCAAGUACUUCCCAACAUUACUUUGCAUCCCUCACCGACUUUGAUUCCUAUAUAUCAGGACUUAGAACCCAUGAACAUACCUGUCGUCGACAACAUAUUCUACUUGUCUACAUCUACAUCUACCCUUCAUCUCAUUCCAUAGCCCCAUACCCUACUCCCUAGAUAUCAUUCAUUCAUCAUGUCGCCAGCUGCCAUCGCAGAACCACAUAGUGAAGCAUAUGUCACCACUCCCAAGGUGGUGAGCAAUGGGUCUUCAUCAUAUAUGAAUGGAGGAGCUGUGCAGGGCAUGAAGAGAACCACAUUCCUGUUUGAUCGACAUCUCCACAAGGAAUUCCCAGUCAUUGUAGGAGGAAGUGGAAGUAAUCUAUACACCAAAGAUGGACGAGUCAUAUUCGAUGCCACAUCAGGCGCCGCUGUCUCAUGUUUAGGACAUGGCAACAAGCGAGUCACCAAUGCCGUUUACCAGCAAAUGGCGUCCGGCAUUCCAUACCUCGCCUCAGGAUUCUUUGGUAACGAGACCGUGGACGAUCUUUGCGAAGAACUGAUAAAUGGCACUGGUCGAAAAAUGGCCCGAGUCUACUUGACUGGUUCAGGUAAGCUACACCAUCAAGCGUUGAUGCGACCCAAGCUAAUCAAUGUAGGAUCCGAGGCUAUGGAAGCCACAUGCAAAUUGGCACGACAGUAUUUUUACGAAAAAGAUAAAUCCACACCACGAGUCAACUUCAUUGCUCGAGAAGGUUCAUAUCAUGGCAACACCUUGGGCGCAUUAGGCAUGUCGGGACACAAAGCGCGCCGCGCCCCUUACACGCCCUUCCUGAUGCCCAACGUCCAUCACGUGUCAUCCUGCAACCCCUACCGGCAACGACUCCCCAACGAAUCCGACGCCUCCUUCGUGUCGCGCAAAGCCGCCGAACUCGAAGCAAAAUUCCAGGAACUCGGCCCGGAAACCGUCAUCGGUUUCUGCGCCGAGCCAAUCGUAGGCGCUGCCCUCGGCUGUGUGGCUGCUCUCCCUGGCUACCUCAAAGCCAUGCGCGACGUAUGCCAUCGCCACGGCGCCCUCUUCAUCCUCGACGAAGUCAUGUGCGGCAUGGGUCGCACAGGCACUCUCCACGCAUGGCAAGCCGAAAACGUAGCCCCUGAUUUACAAACCGUUGGUAAAGGACUAGCCGGUGGAUAUCAACCGGUGGCCGGUGUUCUGAUUUCGCAAAAAGUAGUCAAUGUUCUCUACAACGGCACAGGCCAAUUUAUCCACGGUCAAACAUACCAAGGAAUGCCCGUGCAAGCUGCCGCAGCUCUAGAAGUCCAACGAAUUAUCCGCCAACACGACGUCCUCGAAAAUGUCCGCACUCAAGGUGCAUAUCUCGGCAAACUCCUCAAACAACACCUCUCAGACCAUCCAAACGUAGGCGAUAUCCGCGGAAAAGGAUUAUUCUGGGGUAUUGAAUUCGUCAAAGAUAAGAAAAGUAAAGCGGCCUUCGAACCCAAACUAAGCAUUGCGCAAAAGAUACACGACCUGGCGAUUUCCCGUCCAUACAACAUGACCAUGUAUCCCGGGACUGGCACUGUAGACGGCAUGUGUGGAGAUCACAUAAUGCUCUCGCCAAAUUACCUGGUUACGAAAGAGGAUGUCGAAUUCAUCGUCAGGACUACGGUGGAAGUGAUUGAAUCUGUUUUUGAAAAUCUGUAGCGCGCAAUUGGAUAUUUAUAUUUACGUUUUUUGGCUUCCGCCUUUUGGUUUGGCUUCGGGCUUCGGGGUUUGGGGUUUAUAUCUUAUACUAUGUUUUGCUGUUUUGAAGUGCCUUGCGAAAGGAUGGGAUUGAGUACAAGAGGUUGGGUUUGGUUGGGUUGGGAUGGAGAAUGGAGAUUGGAGAUUGGAGAUUGGGAGAAUUGGGAAAUUCGGAGUUUUAUUUCGGUAUUCAGAUGGAUGGGGAUGGAUUUCCCAAGUUUUUUUUACUUUUCAUCAUCGGUUUUUCCAAGCAAGCUUCUGAGCUCUUCUGUGUUGAGCAAUAUGGGAUGUUAGCUUGGCGUGAAGGAGAAUCUUCAUUAUAUGGAGCAGAUUCUUUCGUUACAUUUCUCUAUUCUGGAGGCGUUUGUUGCAUCAUCGAUAAAGAUAUAUAUGCCUGGAACUGCUUUCUACCUGUAUCCUGGAUCUUAUCUACAGAAACAAAAAGCCAAAUAUAUUGAA